CCUCGAUCUCGGCUCAAGCGGAGCGCAGUCACGACGCAGCACGGUACCCCACGCAGCCCCGCAGCACGCUGAGCAGGUGUCUCUUAAGCCAUGCCCGACAAGUCUGACAACCCCAUGCGCCAGAUCAAGGUUGAGAAGCUGACCCUCAACAUCAGCGUCGGCGAGAGUGGCGACCGCCUCACGCGCGCGGCCAAGGUGUUGGAACAGCUGACCGAGCAGCAGCCCGUAUUCUCGAAGUGCCGCAUGACUAUCCGGUCCUUCGGCGUCCGCCGUAACGAGAAGAUCGCCUGCCACGUGACAGUGCGUGGCGAGAAGGCUGAGGAGAUCCUAGAGAAGGGUCUCAAGGUGAAGGAGUAUGAGCUCGUGAAGAGGAAUUUUGCGAAGAACGGCAGCUUCGGAUUCGGUAUCACGGAGCACAUCGACCUGGGCAUCAAGUACGACCCGAGCACAGGGAUCUACGGAAUGGAUUUCUACGUGCACCUUUCCCGCCCUGGCAACCGCGUGAUGUUCCGGAAGCUCAAGCGCGGAAAGGUCGGUUUCGCGCACAGGUUGAAGAAGGACGACGGCAUGAAGUGGUUCCAGACGAAGUUCGAUGGCAUCAUCCUCAACAAAUGAACCAGCACCCAAUGCUGCAGAGAGCAGAGACGUUCGUUUGGCUGCGGAGCCAGUAAAGUACUCUUGGUCGAUCGCGAGCUGUGUGUAC